AUGCUCUGUCGGCGCGGCUCGUGCCGCGUCCCACCAUCAUUUCAGCUCUUGAAUCACCGACACAAACGUAGUCACGGCUCCUACAGCGUCGCGCCACGUCAGCCUCGUUCACCCUUCGCACGCGCCCUCUCGUUCCACCUCCUCCUCAUCGGCGCGCUUCUAUUUUCUCCCUCGCUCCCCGUCUCGCGCACGCACGACGCGGCUGCUCCGCUCCUGGCGCUAGCGCAAGGUCGCGAGGCGUCGUUUCAGCUAAUCUCGUCGCUUUUCGUCUCCUGGUCCGAGGCGUACGGCCUGGGGGGAAAUUCCACCACUCCCCCCGCGAAAAUCUCUCUCCCCCCGCGCGUGCCCGCUGCGCCGCACCUGGAGGACUGCGCGCGAGUGAGCGCGGAGCGGGAGGCGUGGGAGCGGAGAGGCGGGCGGGGAGAGGAACCCGCUUGGGCCCGCGGAGCUCCAGGGAAGGUGAAGGGGGAUUCUUCAGCCGCCUCCGCGGGUUGCUCCGCGGGACAGGCGCAGGGGGAGGAGGUCGCGCAACCACCUUGGAUCCGAGGGCAGGAUGCAGCCAAUCUGCCGCUGACACGUGUCGUGCAGAGGGACAUCUGGCGGAACCAGUUCCCUGCUGGGGAUUGCACCAACAGGCGCCUCCUGGUUGCUGAUUGGGCGAAAUCCGCCAAGCACGGCGUUGGCUCACAGAUCCAUUACAUGAGUGCGAUGCUGAGUCUAGCCAUGCGCACCAACCGCACCCUAGUGGAUGAACCGGAUACAUUCGACCGCGCCAACACCCCCGCCUGUGAAGCUGUGGGUCACAAGAACCAGUGGGAGUGCUUCUUUUUCCCCAUGGUCUCGCCAGCCUGCCAGAAAGCCUAUCAACAGGCACUACAGAAGGGCCCCGACAAGAUCCCGCGUGGGGGCAACGACUUUUCUGAAGUGGCCGGGCGGAACGAUACGAUUGUGUUUAUUAGUUACCCCAACCCUACACGGCUCUCCAUGGAAUCUGGCGCAGCAGCCCUGUGGAAUGAGGCCGUUUAUAAGACGCCCUGCACUGUUCAAAUCGAUGGCAAACUGACGAAUCGGACUGAACGUCUGCGCAAGGUGCACUGGUGGCGGGCACAGGCAGUGCGCUUCCUGCUCCGCUGGCCCUCUGCCCACCUCUGCCACGUGUCCAACAGGGAGAGGCACCGUGCGUUCGGCAUGAUCGCAGCAAAUCACGUCGCGCAGUUCCUGCAGACCCAGUCAAAGGCCCUCUCCUUCCUCUCUCGCAGCACUGCCACCGCUUCUGCUGAUGCCACGGGCAACGGCAAAGUGAUUGCACCUGUCUGGGAAGCACGGGUGCGAGAAGUGUUGGAGAAAUCGGCAGCAGCUAAUUCCCCCAUGUUCUUCCAGUUAGACCCAUCUGGUGCUGCUGCUGCUGGUGCUGCCACAGGGAGCAACGGGGACAAAAGCAAGGACGGCGACAGCCCAGUGGGAGUGCAUGAGCCGUACAUGCCGCGGCCUAUAGUGAGCCUGCAUGUGAGGGGUACAGACAAGUAUUCAGAGAUGGGGCUGAGCUCCCUGGCCUCGCAUAUCUUCCACAUGAAUCGCCUCCGCCCUCAUGCGCCGGACCUCUGGCAUGUCUGGCUCAACACAGAGACACAGGCCAACAUAGACCGAGCGGCGGAGCACACGUCAUGGACGUUCUUUUACUCGUCGAAUGCACGGCAGCAGGACAAAGCGGGUUCGCUGCGGCAGUACGAGCACGACCAGUCGGUGGCGCUGAGCUUAGCCAGUGUGCUCAUCGCUGCGCACGUUAGGAGAAUAGCAGUCGCGCUGGUCGUAUGGCUCUCCGUCACCUGCGUCGUCAUUCGCGCGCAUACACACGCCUCGGAGACGGGACCAGGCAUCCCGAAUCCGUUCGACUUCGCCUUCCCCGACCACCUGUGCGGGUCGCUGCGCGAGACCUACAUGACGAUUAACGACCGCGUCCGCGCCGCCUGCAAGGUCGAAGCGCAAGCAGCCGUCGCCGCAGGCACUGCUGCUUCCGCCGGUUCGUCUGCCGCCGCCGCUGCUGCCCCUCCCGCCGCCGCUCCGCCGUCCGCUUCCCCCGCGACCCCCGGCACCUCCCCCGCCUCCGCGUCCUCCGCGCCGUCGCAAUGCCGCACGCUGAUCUUCGACUCGGGGCACGACGGGUUCGGCGACACGGUAUUCGGCCUCGCGUCGACGUUCGCCGUGGCGCUGCUCGACGAUCGCGCGUUUCUCAUGCGGCAAGAAUGGCUCCCGUUCGCGUUCGAACCCGCGACCUUCGACUGGCGAGUCACGGAGGACAUUCCUCUGACCACGUACUCGCCGCAGAUCAUGGACCCAGACAAGCCCCCCAACGCGUCGUACGCGCGCCUGAGUCUCUACAAUAAGAACGUCGACCCGGAGGAGUAUUUCGGGAAGCUCAAGGGGAUCUCGCACAUUGGACUGGUGUGGAACCGCGGGAUUUUGUUUAAUCUGCUGACUAAGGCCAAGGGCGCGUGGGCGGAGAGGUUCAAGGCGAUCGGGAUGACGCCGCCGUAUGCCUUUGCAUGUGUCAUGCGGUUCCUGCUGCGGCCCAAGCCGGAGGUAUGGCAACUAAUGAGGGACAUAGCGGGGCAGGUGCACGUGCCGCAUGGGAUCAGCAUCGGCAUCCACACGCGUGUGAAGGAUCUCAAGGUGUGGGAGCACUCGACCAAGGACGGCGUUCCCAAGGUGCUCAACGCGGUUGAGGUGGAGGAGCUGUAUGUUCAGAACAAGCUGUCGUUUGAGUGCGCACAGGAGUUGGAGCGCUGGUGGAGCCCCUCCUCGCUCAAGAUCAAGUGGUUCUUCAUAUGCAACUCUGCUCAGCUCAAAGUAGCCGUGCACGACAAAUUCCCCGACAAGGUGGUGAUCACAGACUUUGUCCCACGGCACGUGGCAAUCAGCAAGGAUCCUAACUCCACCUCGCACACCGCAGCCCCUUCAUGGUACCAGGAGACCGUUGCCGAGUGGCUGCUCCUCGCCUCCUCCGACCUGCUAGUCAUCCCCGAGUCGGGCUUCUCCCGCUCUGCUGUCAUGUACUCGAUGCGCCCAGGGAGGGUUUUCAUGCCACAAAAGUGCCGCCCCGAUGCCCCUGUGCCUGUUGGGGACCUGGCUACCGUUGGGUGUGGUGUGUGA